AUGCGGAAAGCACAUUUGGAGGCGUCUGGAGUCUUUGACGGACCUUCCCGAGGUGAUCGGGCAGAGGUCAAGCUCGACUUGAAGAAAGCCUUUCAGAAAGACCGCGUCUCGGUGAACGACCUGAGCAAUGUUAGUAUUGCUGUACUGCCGCCUCAUAACCCUUCGAUAGACACACAGUGGUCAGCUGUCCUGCAGGGAGGGUUUAAAAUCCAGGUCACAGCUCAUCAUGUCGGUCUAGGGCGCGACUUGCAGAACAAACAAUUCAAUGGGUUGAAUGAAUGGUUGACCCCAAAGCUACAGUGGACACCAGGUAUUGGGCAGAUCGUGUGGAAAGGGGAGCUGGGGCUGGACAAAUGGCUUGACCAAGACCAGAAACCUUUGAGUAUUGACGAGCCAAGCAGUGGAGUAGGUUCCUGCCCCCGAUUCAUCGGAAAGGGGGGUACUAUUGGCAAGCGGCAGAAUGAUGAUGAGAACACACCACCCGAGUGGGAUGUCUGGGGGGCGUUUGAAGAGGCCAAGAAGCAUCUUGAGGCCAAUACCCAAGUAGGGCGAAAUCGUUACCCACAUCAGUUCAACAAUCGCGAGGCGUUGCAGAUACCCGAGGAGUUUAGGAACCGACGUCUGCAGGAAUUUCCUAUCCUGCGUGGACAGAUUUACUCCGGCCAGGCUCCGGGAGCGAUGCGUGUAAUCCUCGCUCAGGUGGGUAAUAAUUGGCUGCUUGCGGGAGUUAUGAGACAUCCAACAGGCCGUGGGAAUGCAUUUGAACUGUGCCAGGAAUGGGGCAAUGCUUAUAUGGCACAAUGCUGGCCAAACGGACUUGACACUCUUCAGCAUUUGGAGUAUCCCGGUUGCGAUCGUGCCUAA